CAAUGACAUAAAAAAAACCCGAAAAAAUGAGGUGGUUUUAUGCGAGAAGAAGUACUAUAUAAAGACCAACUAGGGUUUAUUGACGCCCUCUGUCAGCUCUAGAGCUAGCUAUUGUGUGUGUCGCCGCAGCAGUAGAAUAAGAAGGAUGUCUCACAGGAAGUUCGAGCACCCAAGACAUGGCUCCCUUGGAUUUCUUCCAAGGAAGAGAGCUGCCCGUCACAGAGGAAAAGUGAAGUCUUUCCCCAAGGAUGACCCUAAUAAGCCUUGCAAGCUUACUGCCUUUUUGGGUUACAAGGCUGGCAUGACCCACAUUGUCAGAGAGGUCGAAAAACCUGGAUCCAAGCUCCACAAGAAGGAGACAUGUGAGGCUGUAACCAUCAUUGAGACACCUCCAAUGGUGAUUGUUGGAGUUGUGGGUUACUUGAAGACACCAUCUGGCCUCCGGACUCUGAACACUGUUUGGGCUCAGCAUUUGAGUGAAGAGGUCAAGCGAAGGUUCUACAAGAACUGGUGCAAGUCAAAGAAGAGGGCUUUCAACAAAUACUCAAAGCAGUAUGAGACAGAUGAAGGGAAGAAGAGCAUCCAAUCACAGCUUGAGAAGUUGAAGAAAUAUGCAACUGUUAUUCGUGUUUUGGCUCACACUCAGAUCAGAAAGAUGAAAGGAUUGAAGCAGAAGAAAGCUCACUUGAUGGAGAUCCAGGUUAAUGGUGGCACAAUUGCUCAGAAGGUGGAUUUUGCUUAUGGUUUCUUUGAGAAGCAAGUCCCAAUUGAUGCUGUCUUCCAGAAGGAUGAGAUGAUUGAUAUUAUUGGUGUCACGAAGGGUAAGGGUUAUGAAGGUGUUGUCACUCGUUGGGGUGUCACUCGCCUGCCUCGGAAGACCCACAGGGGUCUCCGAAAGGUGGCUUGUAUCGGUGCCUGGCACCCUGCAAGAGUCUCAUUCACUGUUGCCAGGGCUGGUCAGAAUGGAUACCACCACCGUACUGAAUUGAACAAGAAGAUCUACAAGCUUGGCAAGACCGGUCAGGAGUGUCACACUGCCAUAACGGAGUAUGACAGGACUGAAAAGGACAUCACUCCAAUCGGUGGUUUCCCUCACUAUGGUGUGGUGAAGGAUGACUAUUUGAUGAUCAAGGGAUGCUGCGUUGGACCUAAGAAGAGGGUGGUUACACUCCGUCAAACACUGCUUAAACAGACAUCUCGAUUGGCUCAUGAGGAAAUCAAACUCAAGUUUGUGGACACAUCCUCGAAGUUCGGACAUGGUCGUUUCCAGACAACACAGGAGAAGCAGAAGUUCUAUGGACGCCUGAAGGCAUAAUUAUGCGAUCUGGAAUUUUUAGUUAUUCUAGUAAAUUUAGUCGAUUUUGGUUUCUUUCUGUUCCUUCGGCUCGAGACAAUUGUGUUGUUUUUUUUAUGUUUGCGCAAAGUCUGAACAAUUUUUUUUCCAGAUGGAUUUAAUUUGCAUUUUGAACUAGCAUGCUGUUUCAGAAUAUUGUUGUGGCCUGUCAUUCUGUAUUUUUGCUUUUGCUUAACCGAGCUCCUUGUUCAACGCCAA